CAUAAUUUAGAUCUGCUCAAGAUGCAAACCUAGUGCUAUUAUCUCGGACUCCUCGGGCUCCUUGGGUUUGUAGGAACUCAUAUUAAAGAGUUCUCGCCACCCCUCAACUCUCCGCCAACCACGUACAGACUCGGAGUCACUCAUCGCUUCAUUCAUCGUUCCUCUUCACCUACUUUUGUGGCCAUGUGGCUGUCCCUCACCAGUGUUAUCCUGGGGUUUGGGUUCAUGGCCCAAGCCCAGAGCUUCACCAAUCCUGUGGUCUAUGCGGAUUACCCCGACAAUGACGUUUUUCUUGGCCCCGAUGGGAAAACGUUUUACUUUUCGAGUUCCAACUUCCACUACUCUCCCGGAGCACCUAUUCUGAAGUCCACCGAUCUUGUAAACUGGGAGCCUGUUGGCCAUUCCGUGCCAACGCUUGACUUUGGCCCCGGUUACUACAUGGACAACGGGCAGACUAACUACAAUGGCGGAACCUGGGCUUCUACGAUGCGGUACCGCCAGAGCAACAACAAGUGGUAUUGGAUCGGCUGUGUUAACUUUUGGACCACCUACGUCUAUACAGCCUCGGAUGUUGCAGGGCCAUGGCAGAAAUCUUCCAGCUUCCAACCUUGCUUCUACGACUGUGGUAUGCUGAUAGAUGACGACGACACUAUGUAUGUCGCCUACGGAAACAACAAGGUCUCUGUGGCUCAACUUUCCUCGGAUGGGCUCAGAAUUGUCAAAAAUCAGCAAGUUUUAACCUUUCCAUCCGAGUGCACAGGGAUCGAGGGCAACCGCAUGUAUAAGAUCAACGGCAUGUAUUACAUCCUCAACGAUUGUCCUGGUGAUGGUAUCACCGAGAUUUGGAAAUCUUCGAGCCCUUGGGGUCCGUACACAAAUAAGAUUCUUAACAGCAACAAAACUCCAGGGCCUAUUGCUGGUACGGGUUCACCGAUUCAAGGCAGCCUGGUCAAGACCCCCAACGGAAACUGGUACUUCAUGUCCUUUUCUUGGGCCUAUCCUUUAGGUAGGGUGCCUGUUCUUGCACCGAUAACCUGGGGUUCGGACGGUUUUCCCACACUCCAAACUGUCAACGGCAAGUGGGCUGAAUCCUACUCAUACCCUCUCCCGAAGAACGACAAUACUCAAGGAUGGAUUGGUGGAGAUACGUUUUGGGGCAACAAGCUGGGUCCAAAGUGGGAGUGGAACCACAACCCGGAUACAUCCAAAUUCUCACUCGACAACCCUGGCCUCACACUCAGGACUGCCACAGUGACGGACGACUUGUACAAGGCGAAGAAUACACUGACUCAUCGACUUCACGGCAAAUUUCCGGUUGGAACGGUCCAAAUUGACUUCACCAACAUGGCAGAUGGUGAUAAAGUUGGCUUGGCUGCAUUCAAGGACCAAUCUGCAUGGAUUGGUGUUGUUCGCAACGGAGGAACUUAUACUGUUACAGCCGUCCAUGGAUUGUCACAAGACAGUAGCAACAACUGGGCAACCACUAGCACGGGAACUGUGGUCGCAACUGCGCCUAUUUCACAGCGUCCAGUCUGGCUGCAAGUCAGGAUGGACGCGAGGGCUGACGGCAACAAACAAGCCACUUUUUACUACAGCACCGACGGGAACUCGUUUUCUCAACUGGGUGGUGCUUACACUUUGACAUCUGGAUGGAAUUACUUCAUGGGGUACCGGUUUGGUAUCUUCAAUUUCGCUACGAAAGCCUUGGGAGGUUCGGUCAAGGUCCUUGGAUUUGUCAGUUGGACGAACUAAACCCUUCAAGGUUGGACGGCACGGCCCUGUAACGGACAUAGCACAAGGCAGCAUUAGAAAUACACUAUAAGGUGAUUCAUUUAGAGUACUGCUGCCUAGGGCUAAACACAAGUAUAUAAAAGACCGGCCUUUGUCACUCAUUUAGAUAGAAAGGAGAGAGUCCCUAAUAUUAUCGUC